AUCACCACCAUGCCCUUCACCACCACCGACGAUCACCAAGAGAUCUACUAUGAAACGCACGGCGCCGGCGAGCUAACCCUAGUUUUCAUCUCGGGUUAUUUUGGCAUUGCCAACAUCUGGCAGCCGUUGAUCAGCCGCUUGAGCGCCAAAUGCCUCUGCAUCGCCUACGAUAGUCGUGGCUACGGGCGAUCCUCCAAGCCCACCGACGAGGAGGCCUACAGCGUUCCCCGGCAUGCCGCCGACCUACACACCAUCCUAACCGCGUGCACCGCUAGCCAGGUCGUGCUCAUCACUCACUCCAUGGGCGGUUCCAUCGGGGCAGCCUAUUGCCUCGCGCACCCGGACCGCGUCACCGGCCUCAUCCAGACCGGAACCUACUUUGACGGUGUGCGCAUGCGCAAGGUCCUAACCUACGACAUGCUCACUGCUGGCGUCGAGAACCCCUCCGAGUGCGUCGCAUUCUACACCAGUAUGGGACUCGACACCCCCACCGCACUCGAAGCUGCCAAGUGGCCUGCUUACUGUCGCCGCCACAACGCGAAGGCUUUGCUCGCCUGGGAUAUCAGCGACGCUUACGCCACGUUCAAGAUCCCUGGGCUGGUGGUGCAGGGCGAGCUGGACCAGGCAAUGCCGGUUGAGUCCCUGGUUAAACCCAUCGCCGAGGCUAUGCCCAAUUGCCGUGUGGAGGUUCUCAAGAGAGUUGUGCAUUUCCCGCCUACUGAGGCUCCUGCUGAGUUGGAGAGGUUGAUUGAGGGGUUUGUGCGGGAGUUAUGA